UCUUACGUGAAAUUAUUAUCAAAACGAAUCCAAAGUUCAUAGCUUGUAUUACAAACAUCGCUCACGGUUAUCACUUAUCAACUUCAUUAUUAUGUGAAUUUCCUUAAGAGUGCCGACAAGCAAGCACGUAUUUAAAAAUGUUCGAUAUACAAGGAGCAAUAAGCCUUGUGUUUGAAUUCCUUUGGACUCUGAUCAAGGUGAACUAUGAAACUAUUCGAGGAAUGUGGAGGGUGCUCGUUCCUCCUGAACCAAAGGAAGUUAAGGAUGAUAUUAUAUUUAUAACUGGAACCGGUCAUGGCAUCGGUCGCGAGGUGGCUUUGCGCUUCGCAAAACUCGGCGGGACCAUAGUGUGUGUCGACAUCAACGCGAGCAGCAACGAAGAAACUGUCAAACUCAUCAAACAGGAGAAAGGAAAGGCACACUCCUAUCAGUGUGACGUCACGGACCGUGCAGCUGUAAUGCAGCUGGCCGAGAGAGUUUGUCGUGAAGUCGGGGACGUGUCUAUUCUGAUCAACAAUGCUGGCAUCAUGCCUUGCAAGCCUGUCCUCAAACAAACUGAGCAAGAGAUUAAGCUGAUGAACGAUAUCAACAUUAACGCUAAUCUAUGGACGAUCCAAGCUUUCCUCCCAUCGAUGAUCGCCCGUAACCACGGCCAUAUUGUGGCGAUGUCCUCGAUGGCAGGUCUAAUGGGGCUCACUAAUUUGGUCCCGUACUGCGGCUCAAAGUACGCCGUCAGGGGCAUCAUGGAGGCCCUCGCCGUGGAGCUCUCAGAUGAUCCGAGAAAAUUGAAUGGAAUCAAAUUAACGACAAUAUGUCCAUACAUUGUGGAUACUGGUCUUUGCAAGAAGCCUCGCAUCCGGUUCCAAAACUUGAUGAAGGUCGUGACCGCUGGUGAAGCUGCUGAUAUGAUCGUUGAUGCCGUUCGCAGGGAGAUCGUGGAAAUUACCCUCCCCUAUGAACUUCACUAUUUGAAUAGGUAUAUCUACCGCUUGCUACCUUUCCCCGCUGCUCGCGCUUGGAACGCUUUCUUCAACACCGGUGUCGACUCACAUGAAUAAAUAUAAUUGUUUAUAUAAAAUAAAUCCCUAAUUAUAAUUAAUUUAAAUAAAUUGUUCGAUUUUUGUA